GAGAGAGAGAGAGAGUGUAUGGUUCUACAGUGGUUCUUGUGUCUCUUGUAGGUGCUGCAGGACAUUAUGAUUUGAUGUAUGCAAAUGAACAGUUUUGAUUCUUCCUCCUACCUUUGCAUCUGAAUAGUGAUCACAUCUUCAAAUACAAACCUGCAAAAUACAACAUGAAAAGCAGUAUGAGCAAGGGCUGGUUACUAACCAGCCAUGUAAACAAUCAACAGAGGGAGAAAUAGAGAGAGAGAGAGAGAGAGAGAGAGAGAGAGGAGAGUAAGGUUCUAUGCAUAUCACCUUCUGACAAAUAUCAGAUGAAAAGAGAUGAAGAACCUAACUACUGCAUCUCUCCAGACCUCUCUCCUCCCUCUUUCAUGCUCCAAUCACCAUCCUCUCUCUCUCUCUCUCUCUCUCUCUCUCUCUCUCGUUCAGUUUCUGAGGAGAGUGAACACUAUGGAGAUACCAGGGAGUAAUCACAUAAAGCUUCGGGACCACUGAUCACAGUGAUCACUGAUCAUAGUCUCUGUGAACGUGAAAGAACAUGUCUAUGUCCAGCUUUGCAUGUGUGAGCGGGUGAGCGACUGAGAGUGUUCCAUCAUCCAACUCCUGCAGCUCUUGCUCUCUACGAUAUCCUCCUCCUCCUGAAGAGAGAGAGAGAGAGAGGGAACAGAGAGAGAGAUAGAGAAGGGGGACGACGGCAAGAAGAGAAACAGCGUAGAGAGAAAAAGCGUGCUCUUUUUUUCCUACCGUGCUGCUCUUCCUCUCACCCCCAGCAGGGAAAGAAAGGAGGACAGGAGACGACUCUGUCCAUCUUUCUCUCUCUUCUGUCCCCGUGUUCGGGUGGGAUUGCGUGAUUUUUCCACCAGUGGGGGACAGUUUGGAGGGAACUUUAGGGACCAGGGAGACGAGGAGAAGCUGAGAGCCACGAUGCUCAACAACCUCACCGAGUGUGAGGAGGGAGAGGGGGGAGCAAACAGCCAGGUGGUCAACAUCAGCUCUCCAGCCAAGCAAGGAGAUGGAAAUCCCAAGGAAAGCAGUCCUUUCAUCAACAGCAGUGAUCCAGAGAAGGGCCAGCAGUAUGAUGGCAAAAACAUGGCGCUGUUUGAGGAGGAGAUGGACACUAGUCCCAUGGUAUCGUCUCUGCUCAGUAGCCUUGCCAACUAUUCCAACCUGCCUCAGGGCAGCAAGGAACACGAGGAAGCUGAGAAUAACGAAGGCUCCCGCAAGAAGCCUGUACAGGCUCCACGGAUGGGCACGCUGAUGGGAGUAUAUUUCCCCUGUCUUCAGAAUAUCCUAGGUGUGAUCCUGUUUUUGAGGAUGACCUGGAUGGUGGGAAUUGGAGGAGUCAUCGAGGCCUUCAUCAUCGUGCUUAUGUGCUGCUCCACGACCAUGUUAACUGCAAUUUCGAUGAGUGCCAUUGCCACCAAUGGAGUAGUACCAGCUGGAGGCUCCUACUACAUGAUCUCUCGUUCCCUUGGCCCUGAGUUUGGUGGCGCUGUGGGGAUCUGUUUCUACUUGGGGACCACCUUUGCAGGAGCCAUGUACAUUCUAGGCUGUAUUGAGAUCUUACUGAUCUACAUUGUGCCACAGGCAGCCAUUUUUAAGAUGGAGGAUUUGGAGGGCCCAGAGGCAGAGGCAGCCAUGUUGAAUAACAUGCGAGUGUAUGGCACCUUGGUGCUGACCUUCAUGGCCGUGGUAGUGUUUGUGGGUGUGAAGUACGUCAAUAAGCUGGCGUUGGUUUUCCUGGCCUGCGUUAUAUGCUCCAUCCUGGCGGUGUAUGCUGGCGUCAUCAAGACUGCCUUUGAGCCACCUUUGUUCCCAGUGUGUAUUCUGGGGAACCGGACUCUAGUGUGGAAAGGCUUUGAUGUGUGUGCUAAAGUGAUUGAGAGAGACAAUAUUACAGUCACUACCAAACUCUGGAGUCUCUUCUGUGACUCAGAGCUCCUCAAUGCCACCUGUGACAGCUACUUCACCAACAACAACGUGACAGAGAUACAGGGCAUUCCUGGCAUCACCAGUGGCAUUCUGAAAGAGAAUUUGUUUGGAAAUUACAUGGAGAAGGGUGCUUAUCUGGAGAAGGUGGGCUUUCCUUCUGUGGAGGAGCCGGAUGCUCUGCCCACUAACACUAAAUCCUAUGUGCUAUCUGACAUCACCACUUUUUUCACACUCCUGGUUGGGAUCUACUUCCCUUCAGUUACAGGCAUCAUGGCGGGUUCGAACCGCUCUGGUGAUCUGCGGGAUGCUCAGAAGUCCAUACCCAUUGGCACCAUUCUGGCCAUUAGCACCACCUCCUUCAUCUACAUGUCCUGUGUUGUGCUGUUUGGCUCCUGUAUCGAGGGAAUAGUUCUGAGGGACAAAUUUGGUGAAGCAGUAAGAGGGAAUCUGGUGAUAGGUACAUUGGCGUGGCCAUCCCCCUGGGUCAUCGUCUUUGGCUCUUUCUUCUCCACUUGUGGGGCGGGGCUUCAGAGUUUGACCGGUGCACCACGUCUUCUGCAGGCCAUAGCCAGGGAUGGGAUAGUGCCGUUUCUCAGAGUAUUCGGCCACGGCAAAGCAAACGGGGAACCCACCUGGGCUCUGCUUCUGACUGCCUGCAUCUGUGAGAGUGGAAUCCUUAUUGCUUCUCUGGACUCAGUCGCUCCAAUCCUCUCAAUGUUCUUUUUGAUGUGCUAUAUGUUUGUGAACCUGGCCUGCGCUGUACAGACUCUGUUACGAACCCCCAACUGGAGACCUCGCUUCAAAUAUUACCACUGGGCUCUGUCAUUCCUGGGCAUGAGCCUGUGUCUCUCGCUCAUGUUCAUCUGCUCUUGGUACUAUGCCAUCGUUGCCACGGCAAUCGCCGGCUGUAUCUACAAGUAUAUCGAAUUCCGGGGGGCAGAGAAAGAGUGGGGUGAUGGGAUACGGGGGCUGUCCCUGAGCGCAGCACGUUACGCACUUAUGAGGCUGGAAGAGGGUCCACCACACACCAAGAACUGGAGACCUCAGAUCUUGGUGCUGGUCAGUGUGGAUGCAGAGCAGAAUGUUGAACAGCCUCGCCUGCUGUCUCUGACCAGUCAGCUGAAAGCAGGGAAAGGACUCACCAUUGUGGGCACUGCACUAACUGGAACCUUCCUAGACGAUCACCCUCUGGCCCAACAAGCUGAGCAGUCUCUGAAGAAGCUAAUGGAAACAGAGAAGGUGAAGGGCUUCUGCCAGGUGGUGGUUUCCUCCAACAUCCGCGAUGCCACCUCACACCUGGUGCAGGUCAGUGGGCUCGGAGGCCUCCAGCACAACACCGUGCUCCUCAGCUGGCCACGCAACUGGAAGCAGGCUGAAGAUCAUCAGCUCUGGAGGAACUUCAUCGAGUUGGUCAGAGAGACCACAGCUGCAAGUAAAGCCCUGCUGGUGGCUAAGAAUAUCGCAGCAUUCCCAUCAAAUGGUGAGCGCUUCAGUGAGGGUUACAUUGAUGUAUGGUGGAUUGUUCAUGAUGGCGGCAUGCUCAUGCUACUGCCCUUCCUCCUGCGCCAGCACAAGGUGUGGAGGAAGUGCAGGAUGCGCAUCUUCACUGUGGCCCAGAUGGAUGAUAACUCUAUUCAGAUGAAGAAGGACUUGACCACUUUCCUCUACCACUUGCGUAUAGAUGCCCAGGUGGAAGUAGUGGAAAUGCAUGACAGCGACAUUUCAGCCUACACCUAUGAGAAGACCCUGAUGAUGGAACAGCGCUCUCAGAUCCUCAAGCAGAUCAAUCUCACCAAGACAGAGCGUGAGCGUGAGAUCCAAAGCAUCACUGAUAGUUCACGUGGUUCGAUUCGUCGCAAGAACCCGGCAACAGUCAACACCCAUCUGAGUGUGACUGAGGAAGCAGCAUCCAGCAGCAAGGAGGAUAAACCAGAGGAGGAGUGUGUCACUGUAUCCCACCCUCCACAGGAGCAGCUCAUCCAUGAUAUGAGCACCAACCCGCCAACACCCGCCACCCCACAGUCCCCUGCCACUGAGGUCGUGACUCCCAGCACAGCUGUCCAGAUGACCUGGACUGAGGCCAAAUGUGAUGGAGAGCAGCCCAAACCUCCAGGAGCCAGCACACCUGGGGCCAUCAAAGACCUUUUCAGUAUGAAACCAGAGUGGGAGAAUCUAAACCAGUCCAAUGUCAGACGCAUGCACACGGCUCUCAGACUCAAUGGGGAAAUAGUGAAGAAAUCUGGGGAGGCCAAGUUGGUCCUGCUCAACAUGCCUGGCCCACCCAAGAACAGGACUGGAGAUGAGAACUAUAUGGAGUUCCUUGAGGUUCUAACCGAGGGUCUCAACCGGGUCCUCCUCGUGCGUGGUGGAGGUCGUGAGGUCAUCACCAUUUAUUCUUGAAAGAACAGCUUGCAUCAGCCCACACCCACCCCCAGCUCAACCCCACCAAAUUUCUCAUUCACAUAGCCAACCCCAAAACAUCCCCAAAACACUCCCCUACCACACCCAAGCAAUAUCCCAGAAUUCCCUGUGCUUAUCCUACCCCCAUCCUAAAAUGGAGCCACCACGGAUCCUCUUAUUACUCUUUCUCCCUCUUUAAUGAGCCCUCAGAAAGGCCCCUUUUACUCAUUUUCCAUUAAGUUCUAUUACUGGCCACUGCAUGUUCUUGGCCUACUCACACUCUUUGUUGUUUGUGAUCUGAUGAUCUAUGAUUUGCCUGCCCAGUUCAGUGCCACAUAUGAUACGAGGAAAAACUAUUGAUGUCGUUUCUGCUGCAUUCCUGGUGUUUUCUCCAACCCCUACUUUUCCCAUCCAAUCAGGAGAUGUUUGAGGGUUGCAGAAAUACAAUGGGCAAGGUUUUAGGAUAUAUCUGCUUCCUUUAAGGCUUUUAUUUUUUCAUUUUUUUAAACUUUAUUAUUUAUUUAUUAAAAAAUCAGAACUUGCCAGGAAGACAACAGAAGCCAGACAAGCUGAGGAUCUGUCAGUCGUUACAUCACUGUGAUGAAGCGAUGAAUUUUGUGAUGGACUCGGACCGAGGAGCUGACAGUGAUGGUGGCACAGCACUAUUUCUGCCACAUUGUGGGCUGCUUUCCCAGAAGUCAUGUGUCAUGAGUAGGACUGACAGUCACGGAAAGAGACUUUCAUGCUGAGAUGUUUCAGUUUGAUGUGGCCGCUUUCAACACCCACCUAGUGUGCUAGGAGAAAUUCAAGGUGGAAACGCUUAGAUCCCCCAGAGCGUACUGGGAAACAUACAUCUGUGCUCUGUUUUCUUGGCACAGUUCUGCCAUUUUAUUUGUGUAUGUGUGUCUAAUUGUUUUCCUCUGUGUAUGCCCUGACAUUUUCACUUCUCCUGGUUGGAUGUGGAUAGCUACUCCCUGCCAACCACAAUAUGUGCCAAAACAAUAGUGGGAAGAUCUGUGAUUUGCUGUCUCAAAAUGACAGAAAAAGAAAAACAAACAGGACUUAUCUGUAUUAAUGGAGUGUUAUAAGUGAGAGGAAACCUGUAACAAGCAGAAUGUUGGAAGAGGAGUGGAUAAAAGUCUAAACAGUGUAUAAUCUCUGAGGAAUUGAGAAAUAUUGGUUCCCUGGGAUUCACUGGUGAGGAAGUGACCUUAUGUCACAGGGCUGACUCUAAGAGUCUUCAGGAUGGAUUUAGGCUUCUCACUGUGGCAUUGGGAAGUGUACUGUACUGUACUGUAGCCCCCUUCACGAGCACUCAACCUGCACUGGCAGCCACUGUGUAACAAGUGAUUUAAUGAGUCUGCGGAUUCAUUAAAUGUGUGCGUGUGCGUGUGUGUGUGUGUGUGUGUGUGUGCAUGUUCGUAUGAUCCAUCUGUGGGAACUUGAAAAUUUUUUCGCUUUUUACAAACAGGAAAACAUAUAUGUUUGUUACAUUUACAAAAAGAUAUAUAUAAAGUAUCUUUACCACUAAUAAAUAUAAUCUGUAUUGGACCACAUCAAAAUAUCUUUGUAAAAAUCAUAGAACUAUAUGAUACAGAUGUUGAUUGUGCCAUAUGACUGACAAUACAUAUCAGUUUAAACACUAUUAGUUUGAGCUAACUUGAACGUACAUAGGAAGAAGUAAAAACCGUCAGUAGAUAGAAAUGAAAUAUGUCCUUAAGUCCAGAAACUCCUUGCAGUAUGAAUGCAGUGCCAAUCAUAUGCAAAUCGUAAAUGAGUUGUGAUCUAGUCGGAAAUGCUGAAGGAGUUCCUUGAAAGACAUCUUUUACAGUUGAGUAGUUAAAAUUCAAAUGAAUGUUAGAGAUGAGUAAGAUCUGAAAGUGCAUAAAGAACUGGUUGUGCAAUAGCUGAAACUGGGAGAGUCAUAUAAUCAUUGCAUUAUUUAUUUUUGUAUGCAGAUAUUUUAUAUAUGUGGGUUUUAUUUUGUAUCAUUUUCACAUAAAAAGCGGUCAGAGUUUAAGUCUAUGUUUUGUUUCUGCUCAGAGUUAUCGUCGCUUGCGCUUCACUAAUGACAAAUUAAUAUAUAUAUAUAUAUAGAGUGUUUGUGUUUUAAAUGUUUAAAAUGUCCCAUACAUUGCGAAUGCUGCUAGUGUACCAAUAGAUAUGUAUUGUGUGUAUAUACAUAGAACUAAAGUAUUUACAGAUAUAAAAAUAUUACACUGUAGUACUGAGAAGGGGUAGACAUGCAAAAAAUACAUAUCAGUGCUGGUGAUUAUUGCAUUUAAAACAGUUCAGUUCUGUGGGCUUUCAGACCUAACACCAGUCGGCCUUUCUGUGCCAAUCUAAAAGCUAAAACUAAAACUUUAUGAUGCCAUAUAAUAUUAAAACAUGCAGUAAAGCAUGUAAGAAUAUGGCUGCUUUCCGUUCUAACAGGAAACAAAGAAUUCACUCUGAGCCACUGCAUGCACUCUUAUUUGGUUUCAGUAUUAACCGCACACCGUAUAUAAGAGUAAAUCUUUGCUCAAGUGUUGCCUGCAUAGACUGAGCCUAGCAUUUCAACAAGUUUCCCGAAAAAGACGAUCACGAGCUUGUUUGAAAAGCUCAUUUUAACUGAUAAUUUGAUCCUUUUUAUCGCUGUUUGCAUGGUCCAUGUAUGAAUAUUUGUUCCAGUGGUUUAUAUUGUGUAUUGUAUGUAGAACGUAGAAAGAAGAAACGUGGGAGGGAUCUGCUAGAGCCCAUGUUGCAGUGUUGCAAAUCAUUUAGCAGUGCUCAAAGGCAGCACGCCAGAGUGAUCAUGUCCCCGAGCGCUCCUGGUCGGCUGUAGCUUUGGGAGCAUUAUACUGUACUGUUGUGUUUUGAUAUUAAUAUAGUUAGAUUAGCAGGAGACUUGAAGUAUGGUAUGAAUGUUGUCCUUUUGACCUUGUGUGUUGUAACAUGAGAUUGCUUUUAGUACAAAACUGUGGUUAUAGAUUCAUUCACUUCUUUUCAAACAUUAUGUGCAAUACUGUUUCUCUUGGGGUUGACGUUCGUAUGCAUGUGAGAAUUAUUUUUAUGUCUGCUUUAUUCAUGGCCCUAUAGGCCAUGGUGUUCAUCAGCGCUCUUUGUAUGCUAGAGGAGUGUACGUCACAUCUGUUCUAUGGUGGCUGAGACAGAAAUGCACUUUAUACAGGGUUGACGUUCUUUCCAGCGAUGAUGAUGAUGAUGAUGAUGAAGAUGAUGAUGUCAUUCGGGGCACCUUUGCUGUCUGAGCACGCUGGAUCCUCUCAGAGUUUCGGCUUCCUCUAGUGGCAAGAGUGUGUAGUGCAGGCAUGAGGAAGCGACAGUUAUUCAUGGUUGCAGAAUGGACAAAAUAUGUUCUCUGCAGUUACAUACUACCUGAUCAAGACGGUUUUCACUUUGCUGCAUGAACCUGGUGUAUAUUUAUGUUUGCACUUCUCCUGGAUCAAGAGCUCUUUUGUUUUGAUUCUUCACAAUUAUAAGACACAUGUUCAAAAUAUAUUUCUUGUACAAGAUGCCGAAUCAAUGCAGUGACUCCCUCCCAUUCUUCACCUGCUGCCCUACCCAACACUCCCCCAAUCUCUCUCACACGCACACACACACACACACACACAACUCCCUCAUCACCUGCCAUUCUAACUUCCCCAGCACUGUAUUAAAAUGUAAUCGCAGUAGACAUAUGAUUAUUGAUCAAAGACUAUAAACAAGCGCUUCCACUACUGGGCCUGGCUCUGUUAAAAUGGACAGUGGACAAAAUGUCCUCCUUCUCCACUUCUCCCUCGCUCUUUCUCUUUGUCAGAGAAUUUGAGAGCGGAAACUUGCUAAUAUGUUGCAAGUGAUGAAUCAAACAUUCCAUGAGUCAUUUGGAGAGCAACACUGUUCUUCACAGUGAGCUUUUAAGAGAUAUGAUUUUGUCAUCUUAUAAAUAUAAAGGGCUCCAGAUAACAAUCCAUAUUUGGUUUUGAAGUGUGACAAUGACCAAACAUCCCUUUACAGAGACGGCUUCAUUUUUGCUAACGUAUUGGCCACUAAUUAUCAUAUCCUGGUAUUAUCCUGGGAUAACGAAAUAUUGUAUUGUUGUAAGAUUGAUGACAAUCUCCUGUGUCUAUGAAUUUUGUAAUUUGUGGUCUAAUCUUCUGGAAAUGUCAUAUCAGCAUGGCUUCCAGUCAAUUAUUUCACAUUAUCUGGCCACAUCAUUUUGAUUUUGUGUGCACGAACAUAGCAGCACUUAGAGACAUACGUGGAAAAUACAUCAAAAUGUAAGUAACAUGAAAUAUCAAUCAUUAUGUUCAGAGAAGGUCUGACUGUAUUGUAUCUCACUAAAUCAAAGAUACACAUUAGCAUCUUGCUGAUGAAAAAAAAAGAUAUUUCCGACCACAGCAAACUCAACUCUUUGUUAAUAUUCAUCAUCUGUACUUGAUCUGUACUGGUAAUAUAAUUCUUUGGUCUUUGGAGCUUUACAAUCUGUUCCAGCUAUCAGCAAACAUUAAACCUGAGAGUUUAUUGUAAAGAAAAGUGGUCUGCUAAGAUGCAGUCGUUAGGUUUUAAUGCUAUAGAUGUUAUGUCCAGCCACAGCUGUUCUAACAGAGCCAGAGCCCAGCCUUGUUGUCUUACUCAACGCAUGCACGUUAUCCUGAACAAGUUGAUAUAACUCAAUAUAUAUUGAAAUGUUUUGUGGUUCUCAGUAUUACAUUCACUCAGUUUAUUUUGAAAUGUUCAAUUUGUUAUUUUUACAAGUUGUGUGGUGUAACAUAUUGUAUACAAAUGCUUUAUUUGGGUAUAUCAGUAGGCUAUGUAGAGUGAAUGAGUGUAUUGGUUACCUGAGUCUAUUUUUAUUAUAGUUUCAAUAUAGUUAUCAUUAUUUUACUUUAUUACAAUGAAUACAGAGAUAACUUAUCAACAGAAAAAAAAAACUGAUUACCAAAGUAUAUUUAAGUUAAUUUAGACAUAUAUCUAUAUAAAUAUAUAUUAUUCUGUUUUGAAUUAAAAAGAAGCUUGAUGGUCCUAUUAAGCCACAGGUCACACCAACUUAAUUCUACACAUUUCUACUUAUGCCUUAAACAGAAACACCAAUUGGCAGCUAUACAUGAACUGAGCCCCAAAAUACACAUAUGGUGUGUGAUGUGUGUGAUGUGUGUGAUGCAUUGCUGGAAAGCUCAGCUUGGAAAUGUAGAAAUGUUAGGUCAGAUGAUAGGUCAGAUGCCUUUUUUUAAUCUUGUUCAAACCAUUAACACCUGUUCAGAACCCAGUACUAGAUCAGUUGAAACACAACCACUGGUCAAGAAACUAAUCCUCAUUCAUGGUAACCUACCACUAACCAAGUUUAAAAGUAAUACAGCAAACAUGCAAACAAUUUAAAUCUCAGCUGUAAAUAAAAAAGGCUAUGGGAAAUAUCCGUUUGAUUUCAAAAGGUCCUUUUUUUUUUUUUUUGAACAGUUUGGCCUGGCCUAAGCCUUUACAUACCAGCCAAUCAGUUAAGAUGAGCAAGUCAAAAGUGUGUGAAGAGGAUGAAACAGGACCCAUAACAUAAGCAGACAGGGUUCUUCAAGCUUGUUUUUUAAUUCAUGAACAAUGUGCAAUCCAUUUUGUGUAAAUUUUUGGAAGAGAAUGGAUAUAGGGAAAAAAAUAUACAAUUAUGUAGAUGUUUUACAGUUUUAUUUUUCUUGGUAACAGUUAUGGCAAACUGUGUUCCACUGUUUCUCACGUAUGUGCGCGUGUAUGCAUGUGUGCAGACAUACGUAUGCACUAAAAGCAUUAGGGACCAUGGGCCAGGGUGGAAAGGAUUUCUGUACAUUAAAGAUAUGAUUAGUGUUGAAGUGUUUAUUUUUUGUGUAAUUGUAACUUCAAUAUUUUAAAGAAAUAAAUAUUAUAUAUUGUGUUUCAUGGUACAAAAGAAAAAACGCAAAUGUAGUUUUACAUUUCAAAUGCUUUAACUCUAUGGCUUCUGGCAGUUUCCCAUUCCAUUUUAUAGAUUCGUCAGCACAAAAUGCAAUAAACUAAUACCAUUUUAUUA